AUGCCUUUGAAGGCGUCGGCGAUCGCGAUUUCCCUCCGCGUCGGAGAGGAAAAAUCCGGAGUAAAGGAGGACAGAAGACGUCCGAUCACUCUAGCAGGCGAGAAAGCCAUAUUCGGAUGGAGCAAUAUCAGGAUGGAGUAUGUUUCCAUCAUCGCUCAUAUUGAUGCUACGCUUCGACAAAACAAAUGGACCCCUUCUGACUCGUUAACGUGGCGCUUUGCUAUGGCUUUCGCAAACGCUUCCAUUGAUCACGACUUUGGACCGUAUGGAUUCGCUCAAGUGUGGCUCGAGUUCGUGAAGCGGCUGCGCACCUACUACGAUAGCACAAUGGAUUUGCCGGGAGUGUUACUCCAACCAAAUUUAUCUCAUUGUCUUCUGCAUCAGAAAAUCCAAAUGCUUCAAUGCUGUAUUUCUGCUAAAAGAAAAAGACAUGAGUUAUACGAUAACACAAAAGAUUUCGGUGCAGACGAGUUCUUCGAUGCUCAAUCUGAUCAGUCUGAUGCGGAAUCAUCAAGUGGUGACUCUAGAAAGAGCUCCUCAAUGGAUACUUCCAAAAACGUGAGACCAUCAUCGAGUUAUGAACCAUCCGGACGUCUACAUCCUUUUGGAGAGAUGCGUUUGCUCAAACAUAAGGAUACGCCGCUAUAUGUUCCUAUCACACAGGAUCGUAGCCCAAUGACGGAAGAUAUGGUUGAAGAAUAUACGAACUAUCUUUCAUCACUGGAUGAUGGAGAAGCGAGAAUUCAAGCUCAACUAGACGUCCUUUGCAGUGACAUGCAAGCAUUCAAGGCUGCGAAUCCGAAAGCUUGCCUGGAGGAUUUCAUCCGGUGGCAUUCACCCAAAGAUUGGAUGGAGGAUGAAGAAUGUCUAUCGGAGAGAAUGCAACUUCCUGACAAUACAUGGACAAAAUGCUGGAACGAAGCUAUGCCAAUACCUGUGAUCAAUCAAGCACGUUUGUUCAAUGAAUCGAAGAUAGCUGAAGAGAUUCUGUCGCUACUGGAAAAUGCAACCGUUCAACAGAUGGUGACCCUGAUACGGCCGGUAUUGUUCGUUGCUGCAGUUGUGCAGCUGAUUCAGAAAGGUAGUCCUUCUUUUCUUGUUGCUUCCGAUCGAGUGAAAGGAUAA